UAUCCGUGCGUAUGCGCAUUGCGCAGUUGUCUUCUGCGAGAAGACAUAAUGAAGAAUUCAGAUAGAUUUCUCUUUUAGCUAAAUUGUCAAAUGGAAAACCAGGGGGAAGACAACAUCCGAAUGAAUGUAAACAUGUAAAUAGGAACAGUAAUCGUGAUAAAAAUGACUUUUAACGGUGACUCUGAUUUAGAAAAUAAAGUUCGGAAAGCAACUGAACGUAUUUCCGAAAAUAUGCAUAUAGUAGCUAAUGAACCAUCUUUAGCUUUCUACAGAUUACAAGAACAUGUUCGAAAAGCAUUAAACCCCAUGGUCGAUCGUAGGGUUGAUGUUAAUAAUCUUCACCAAGAAUUGCAAGGACAUUGUUAUGACAUAGAAUAUGCUGUUAGCGCCAUCAAGUUAAUGAGUAAAGCAGAAGAUAGUUUCAAAAAUAUUCAAGAUAAUUUAAAAAAUGCUAUUUUCUUAAAGCAGCAAUUGAAAUAUGAAGAGUCUCGGAAAAAAAGAAUUGACGGGAAUUCCGUGUACAAAAGACUUUCUGCGCACAUUACACUGGACUUGCCAGAACUCCCAGAACUGUCUGAUGUUGUAAGAGAAACUGCGAAUAGGGUGGAAAGUAUGAUGUCGAAGGCUACUCAUUCUUCUAAUUAGUUUUGAAAAAAUUACAACUGAUGUUUUGUUAAAAAUGUGUAAUUUACUUGUUUAUUAUUUAUUUAAUGUUUGAAUAAAGGAAAAUUUUUCGUCCACGUUUUAA